UCCGACCAGUAUAGUUCGCCCUCCAGAGCCCUGCAAACGAUACGGACAUAAGAUUUACGAAUGGACUUUAGUAGAGCAUAUUGGGCUGGUAAUAAAGCAUGUAUAUGUUUGGUUCUCGGCUCAAAAGUCAAGUUGUUCUUAACCGCAUUGGAACAGACCUUCACCAGUGGAAAGAGAGCUGCUGAAACAAGGUUCACCAGUUGCAAGAUGAAGGGAAUUUUCGUCCUAGUCCUUGUGUGGGGGACUUCCUUUUCACUUGGUAAGAAAAUCCUCCUCCUGCCGCUAGUGACCAGGAGCCACGUUCUGCAGUUGAGUUCAAUCGGAGACGGGCUUCUGAAGAAGGGCCACGAAGUCCACAUAGUGGUCCACUCAGGUCUGAAGGUCCCCAGUAAUAUCCUAAAGGGGGGCAUGAAAAUCAUACGAUACAAAACUAGUGAAGAAGAAUUAAAACUGGACACUGUUGAGUUCCAAAAGAGCUUGGCUGAAAAAGGGACUUCCACAGAAUUGCAAAAUCUGUUCAAUAUCAUCCAGACAGAUAGUGAAAACAUGGUUGACAACCCCGACCUUAUUGAAAAGUUGAGAAAAGAGAAGUUCGACUUCGCAGUUGUGGAUGGCGCUGCUGGCAUUUGGACCUGCCUUUACACCAUUCCAUAUAGACUGGGAAUAGAACAUGCAUCCAUCAGUACACUUGUGCCGUUCAACACCUUGGCGAUGUCACUACAGGUUCCGUUUCUGAGUCCCUCACAGUUUGACACCACAUUUUCUAUGGCUUCCACCUUCUGGCAGCGCCUUAAAUCGUUCUUGUAUUUCAACAUGCUAUCAGCGGUAGUGAAGUGUAAUGAGAGGAGGCUGAAGGCUACUUGUGAAACCCCGUUUGAGUCAAUCCAUGAUUUGAUGAUGAAGACACACGUUUGGCUGAUCGACCUAGACUCUUUGGUGGACGUGCCCAAACACCUGGCCCCAAAUAUGAUUCUCGUUGGUGGAAUUUCAACAAGCCCACCGCUUCCAUUAGAAGAAGAGUUUAAAGUUUUUGCUGACAGCGCCACUGAGGGGUUGGUGGUCAUCACAUUCGGUGGAACCAUCGGCUUCCUUCCAGUGGAUUAUGUCAACAGGAUCGUUCAGGCCGUCGAGAAGGUCAAGUACAAGGUCGUAUUCAGGCAAUUGACAAAACCAGCGGUAAAAGUGCCUACAAAUUUAAAGAUUGUUGACUGGGUGCCUCAGAAUGACCUAUUGGCUCACCCGAACACCAAAGUCUUUGUCACUCAUUGCGGCAGCAACGGCCAGCACGAGGCAGUGUAUCACGGAGUCCCGAUGCUAGGGCUUCCGGUAAUCAGUGACCAAAUUUACAAUGCUGCAAGACUCACCGCCAAAGGCUACGGGAGACAUCUAAUACUGGCAACUGUCAGCCCAGAGGAGCUAGCAGCCGCCAUUGAGGAUAUUGCAACCAAUCCAAAGUACCGCACCAACAUUCAGAAGGCUUCCAAGAUCUUCAAGUCCCGUCCAAUGGCACCUCGAGAGAGGGCAGCGUACUGGAUCGAACACGUUAUGGAACACGGCUCGGAUCAUCUUCAGGCUUACACGAAUCAGUUGGCCUGGUACCAGAUUCUCCUGCUGGAUGUUAUGGCUUUCAUACUCGUGGUCGUGUUGUUAGUUUGUUUCUUCGUUUAUAAAUGUGUGAGGUCUAUAUGCAGAAGAUGCUCUGGGACAUCACGAAAGGAAAAGGUAAACUAAAACUGCAUCACGAACAGGAUGCCAUGUAGGAGACGUCUCGCGAAACGCUGCCAGGGAUUCUUUCUUUUCUACCACGAUAAUUCUUGUAUUAAGGACUAGUUGUUGGCAUUGUUUCCAGAUACUAAUGAUACAGAGCUUCACAUUAAGCAAGAUUUAGGACUACAUAUAUAUAGACCUCAAGCAGCUGAAGAGUUUUUAAAAUAGAGCCUAAACCAAGGAAAAAAUAUGCCUCCUCGAAAAGCCAGAGCGUACCCCACUGACUACGCCCCUAUUUUUCACGAUUGAGAAGACCCAGCCCGUAGUCAGGGCUAAAAAUUAGCGCGUCGAAGGAGGAAAAAACGUUUCAACCAUGCUUUGCAAAAUAUGCCAGAGUGACUUGCUAAAAAGGAACCUGAAGAGCAAAGUUUCGGCAGUCUCGAAAAGUUUGCGGGAGAUCCGGAGUUUUUAGCAAAUAUUGAGCUGUUUUUGAAUUGGUUUGCGUGAGCCUUUCCAAAUACGACCACUCAAACUUUGCGCAAUGAUCUUGCAUGGUCGCUAAAGUUUACUUGGGUUUAGCGAUGUAUAUAGCUUUCAUAAAUUUGAAAAAUAUGGAAUAUAGCUAUGCGAUUGAUUUGGGUACCCGCAACCUUUGCCUUUAAUGGUCCUAUGUCGUAAUUGACUAGGUAUCACAUUUUAAAUACUUUCCACUAAUAAGCAUGAAUAAUUUUGUCGUGCUUUCAAAUGGGAGAGAUCCCUAUUGGCGGCUUCUUGUAACUCAAUCUUACCUACCUGGCACCCGCCUUUUGACUACCUUUAAAGGUGCAGUGUGCUGGCUCACCAGCGUGGAAAAACUCCUUGACUCACACCAUUCCAAUCCCGAGCUAAGGCUGAAGCAUCUCAUACCAAUUUGCCGGCGCAGAAUUGGGUUGUGCAACGCAUACUCGCUCAUAGCACAACAAACAAGAAGAUGAUGUUGUUCUUCAUUCAUAUUUAUCAUCAACAACACGCGAAAUACAUUGUUAAUACAACUGUUACAUUAUUUUUGAAACUACAUGUAACAAAAGCUUAGUAAAUCAUAACAUGAUACCUCUACAUUAGGAUAUAAAGCGAAUAAAAUGUUUUAUGUAGAAAUUACUCAGUUAUUCAUUUUGUGACAACCCUACAAAUGGUGCACAUCCUAUCAUCCUCCUCGCGCAGGACUCGAACUCUAUUUAUCGAUGACUUGGUUCGGCCCCUGCUUUAAUUGACUGCCAUUAUCUCGGAAUGGCCCCGACCAGACCCAUUUCAUUACUAUAAGACUUUGAGGGCCUCUAGGGACCCAAACGUUUGUGUCAUGGUUAAAAUGAUAUAUCAGAACAAUUGGUUGACACUGGCUUUUUCUAACGACAUGCGUUUUUUAAAUCUUAUCCCCAACGUGACUUAACAUCUGUGGUCGCGGCCAUUUUCAGUCCGUCUGGCAGAGAGAAUAUGAUUGAAUAUGAUGUCUGCUUUGGAGAAUCUUUACGACACUACAUGUAGAUGACAUAUC